ACAACUCUUUUGGCUGGGAUUAUUUUGCACAUUAAUAUACAUUCGAUCUCUCCUAGUAAUACUCACCCGAUAGCUCCAUACAAAUUACAACACCUCUCUCUCUCUCUCUCUCUUCCAUUCACGCUUCUCAACAAACUCUCUCUCUCCCAUGGCGACUUCUUUCGCGCCAUUAUCCAUUUCAGUUGGUGGAUCUCAUCUCAAGUCAUCUCUGGUUCGACCUAACCUUGCUGUUCAAAGGAAAUCAAACAUUCUGACAAGAAAGAACCUCACUUCACCACUUCGUGCAGAAUACCGUGAUAACAGAGGAGGAGGUGGAGGUGGGGAAUUGCUUACUGGCUUUAUUCUGGGUGGUGCUAUUUUUGGAACCUUGGCUUAUGUUUUUGCUCCCCAGAUCAGAAGAACUGUGCUAGAUGAAAAUGAGCAUGGGUUUCAGAGGGCCAGAAGACCAAUAUAUUAUGAUGAAGAGAUAGAGAGUACCAAGGAGACCUUCAAUGAAAAAAUUGGCCAACUAAACUCAGCCAUUAAUAAUAUAUAUUCACGUCUGAGAGGCAACAACAAUAAAGUGCCUGCUGCCGCCCCUGAAGAAAGUGAUUCUGAAUUUGAAGCUGUCAUAUGAAGAACUUCCAGUUUGAUACUGGUAUCAACGAUACCUUGAAGGAGUGGAAAAACAUUGAAAAUUGGUUAUAUGUUUUUUGAUGGUUUGUAGGGUAAAAAGUAUUGGUGAUCUAUUGAAUUGCUUAUACAUUUCUAAUGAUAGUGGAACAUACAGUUUGAAUUAUGGAGCAAUAUAAUUAUCAAACUAGCUGUAACCUGUUUAUUCUCUUAUGACUGGGAUCAGGCUACUGUUCAGCCCCUUUGUUUCUAAGGAUUUCACUUACAUGAAACCAGACUUCUAUUCAAUAA